GGAAGUAGGUGUAUAGAGUUGAGAACAGCGCGUAGAGAGGCAGGGGGCUCGCCUAAUACCUUUAAGCCUUUCAGCGGCUCGCUAAAGAUUUCGGAAAAACACACCUGUACUCAGACACGGACAACAAUUGAGAAUUAGUCAUCGGACAUCACUUUGAUACAGCUGUCAAGAAAACUACAUCUUUUGACUUGGUACAGUAGCGUUCAACUACUUUGGAAGUUUUGUUCUGUUAUUUGGCUUGAAUAUAAAACUGUCAUUGCGGGGCAUCACAGUGCUGAAAAGACUGUCAAGAGGGGUUUGCGCUUGCAUUUGUUCAGCGGGGUGUUCAGUUGAACAAGACCUCGAUACUAUUUUUGGACUUAAUGUGUUCAGUGUCUUUACACUGAAGAUCUGUUCUCUAUCCAAAAAAACAUAGCCUAUAGAAGUCCAAUAAGUCUUCUCUCCGCAAACAUCUGCUAUACGUAUUUUGUACUUUGAAUCGUAUGUCUACAAAAAUGGAACAACCGUUUUAUCAUGACGACUCGUUUCUUUCUGCUUAUGGUCACUCAGACGCUGCACUUCACGACUACAAGCUCCUUAAGCAGAACAUGAACUUGAAUUUGAUCGAGCCUUAUCGGAACCUGAAGUCCCAGCUGCGAACCGAAACCGACUUCUACCCAGGACCAACCGAAGACGUCGGCUCGCUGAAACUUGCUUCUCCUGAACUGGAGAGACUGAUCAUCCAGAACAGCAACGGUGUUAUUACCACUACGCCCACCCCGGGCCAAUACUUCUACCCCCGAGGGAUUACGGAAGAACAGGAGGGUUUUGCAGAAGGUUUCGUCAAAGCUCUUGACGAGCUCCACAAGAUGAACCAGAUGCCUCCACCCAACGUGUCUAUUGGAGCCGGUGGUGUGACUACCUGCAGUUCGGCUGCUACUGUGUUUGGUUCCUCUCUGCAGCCCGAACCUCCAGUUUACACCACACUGAACGCUUGUUCCACCAACACUAACCUCACGUCGGCGUCCAACUAUCCCUCAGCCACUAUUAGCUACUUGCCGCAUCAUCAUCAGUACCAGCAUCACCAAACACCGACGCACGGCUCGCAGCUCUUCCAGCAUCCGUUGCAGGGACACGGGUUGCAUCCACAGCGUCUGAUGGCUCUGAAGGAAGAACCACAGACCGUCCCUGAUACGCAUAGCAGCGGCGAUGGCUCUCCACCAAUGUCACCAAUAGACAUGGAAGACCAGGAGCGAAUCAAGGCGGAGCGCAAGAGGCUGAGAAACCGAGUGGCAGCAACCAAGUGCCGGCGGCGCAAGCUGGAGCGCAUCUCACGACUGGAGGACAAGGUGAAAAUUCUCAAGUCGGACAAUGCUGGGCUCUCGAGUACCGCUUCGCUGCUGCGGGAGCAGGUCGCUCAGCUCAAACAGAAAGUUAUGACACAUGUUAGCAGCGGGUGUCAGCUCAUGUUGACGACGAAGCUUAAGUCGUUUUAAACGGUGAGACAGUGAUGGACAUUGGUUAGAAAAAAAACACUGGAAUAUAUGUUAACGUUUUAUUUGUUAAACAAAUAACUUCACAGCACUGGAACAUCGACUAUGUAAACAGAAUCAUUUCCAUGUUUUCAUUUUGAAAAUUUUCUCGUUUCUGUUUUGUAAAAGCCGAUGUACAGAAAAGAUGGUUCAUUUAUUUUUAUGAAUGGUUACAUGGUACCUUUUUGUAAUGCACUGCUCAAAGGACAAAGUUAGUGACCACCAUGCGGUAAUACCAGUAUACAGGUGGUUUGUGUGGGUUUGUGUAUCUUGAAAUGUAUUUUCUAUUGUCUUUUUCAUGCUGCAUUCCAAAAAUAAGUUAUUUUGUAUGUCAGGUUGAUCCCGACGAAAUAAUGUUACAUGUUUACGCUGUUUUUAUUUGUAUACAAGAUAUUUAAGUAAAAACCUUUUGAAAUCAU